GCGGGGAGACAUGGAGCUCAACGGGGCCUCUCCUCUCCCGCGGCUUCCUCGGAUGGAGGGAGACUUCGGCUUUGGCCCGUCUGCGGGCGAGACAUCCGCAGUGUCCUUUGAGGAGGUGGCUGUGUUCUUCACGGAGGAGGAGUGGGCUCUGCUCAAUCCAGGCCAAAGACAACUCUACUGGGAAGUGAUGCAGGAAAAUUACGAGACCGUGGCCUCUCUGGCAUCUGCAGAUGUAAAUGAUGUUACAACUGAGAAAGAAUCAGAAGGGGUUAUUGUGGAAAGAGAUGAAGCUCUGCAGGUAGAAUCAAAAUCUGGGGUACAAUUGGUACCCACGAGAGAGUGGAGAAGCAAAAGGAAAGCCAAACAGAAGCAGAGGAACGAACUGUUUGCCCGUCAGAGCAGGAAGACGCCUGAGGUCACAGCCCAAGAUGAAAUACAGAAGAGAAAGAAAAGGCUUACGAGUUCAGUGUUCGUGAAAGGGUUGAUCUGCAAACUCAGAGUUAAAAAAUAUCAGAACAUUAUAACAUGCUGGAAAACUUAUAAAUGCUUGGAGUGUGGAAAGACAUUCUUUCAGAAUAGCAAGCUAACUAAACAUCAGAGGAUGCACAGAGGGGAGAAGCCGUAUAAAUGCAUGGAUUGUGGGAAGAGCUUCUCUCAGAGGGGCAACCUAACUAGCCAUCAAAAGUUUCACACGGGGGAGAAGCCAUAUAAAUGCUUGGAGUGUGGGAAGAGCUUCACUCUGAACAGCCACCUAAAAAGACAUCACAAGGUUCAUACAGGGGAGAAGCCAUAUAAAUGCUUGGAGUGUGGGAAGAACUUCUCGCAGAAGGAGAACCUAAUUUGCCAUCAAAAGGUUCACACAGGGGAGAAGCCAUAUAAAUGCUUGGAGUGUGGGAAGAGCUUCUCUCACAAUAAUAGUCUAACUAUCCAUCAAAAAGUUCACACAAGGGAGAAGUUAUAUAAGUGCUUGGAAUGUGGGAAGAGCUUCUCUCAAAACAGUAAGCUAACUAGCCAUCAAACCGUUCAUACAGGGGAGAGGCCAUAUAAAUGCUUGGAGUGUGGGAAAAGCUUCUUUAAAAAUAGUAGCUUAACUAUCCAUCAAAGGAUUCACACAGGGGAGAAGCCAUAUAAAUGCUUCGAAUGUGGGAAGAGCUUCUCUCACAGUGGUAACCUAACUAGCCAUCAAAAGGUUCACACAGGGGAGAAGCCAUUUAAGUGCUUGGAAUGUGGGAAGAGCUUCUCUCACAGUUUUACCCUAACUAGGCAUCAAAGGGUUCACACAGGGGAGAAGCCAUAUCAGUGCUUGGAGUGUGGGAAGAGCUUCUCUCACAGUAAUAGCCUAACUAUCCAUCAAAAAGUUCACACAAAGGAGAAAUUAUAUAAUUGCUUAGAAUGUGGGAAGAGCUUCUCUCAAAAUAGUAAGCUAACUAGCCAUCAAACUGUUCAUACAAGGGAGAGGCCAUAUGAAUGCCUGGAGUGUGGGAAAAGCUUCUUUAAAAAUAGUAGCCUAACUAUCCAUCAAAGGGUUCACACAAGGGAGAAGCCAUAUAAAUGCUUCGAAUGUGGGAAGGACUUCUCUUGCAAUAGUAACCUAACUAGCCAUCAAAAGGUUCACACAGCGGAGAAGCCACAUAAAUGCUUGGAGGGCGGGAAGAGCUUCUCUCACAUUAGUAACCUAACUAGCCAUCAAAGGGUUCACACAGGGGAGAAACCAUAUAAAUGCUUGGAGUGUGGAAAGAGCUUCUCUGAUAAUAGUAGCUUAAGUAUCCAUCAAAAGGUUCACACAGGGCAGAAGCCAUAUAAAUGCUUGGAGUGUGGGAAGAGCUUCUCUCUCAGUAAAAGCCUCACUAGGCAUCAAAAGGUUCACACAGGGGAGAAACCAUAUAAAUGCUUGGAGUGCGGGAAGAGCUUCUCUCACAAUUUUAGCCUAAGUUGCCAUCAAAGGGUUCACAGAGGGGAGAAGCCAUAUAAAUGCUUGGAGUGUGGAAAGAGCUUCUCUGACAAUAGUAGCCUAACUAUCCACCAAAAGAUUCACACAGGGGAGAAACCAUAUAAGUGCUUUGUGUGUGGGAAGAGCUUCUUUCACAUUAGCAGCCUAACUAGCCAUCAAAGGGUUCACACAGGAGAGAGGCCAUAUAAAUGCUCCAAGUGUGGGAAGAGCUUCUCUUGCAAUAGUAACCUUACUAGCCAUCAAAAGGUUCACGCAGGGGAGAAGCCAUAUAAAUGCUUGGAGUGUGGAAAGAGCUUCUUUCACAAUUUUAGCCUGACGUUUCAUCAAAAGGUUCACACCAGGGAGAAGCCAUAUAAACACUUGGAGAGUGGGAAGAGCUUCUCUGAUAAUGACCACUUAACUCUACAUCAAAAGGCUAUUACAGUGGAGAAGCCAUAUAAGUGCUUGGAGUGUGGGAAGAGUUUCUCAAAGAAGAACAACUUAACUAGCCAUCAAAGGCUUCACACAGGGGAGAAGCCAUAUAAAUGCUUCGAAUGUGGGAAGAGCUUCUCUCAUAAUAGUGCUCUAAUACAUCAUCAAAAGGUUCACACAUGGGAGAAGCCGUAUAAAUGCCUGGAGUGUGGGAUUAGCUUCUUUCUGAAUGGCUCACUAAUUAGACACCAAAAGAUUCAUGCAGGGGAGAAGCUAUAUAAAUGCUUAGAAUGUGGAGAGAUGUUCAGUGAGAGCCACAGCCUUAACUUACACCACAAGGUUCACACAGGGGAAUAGCCAUCCAAUCCAAUUGUGUGGGAAACCAGUUAGUGUGGUUGACCUUUCCUGCUUGUGACAAUGACGUGAUUUAUGGUAGGUGCCCUAAUAAAGAACAUCUUUAUGCCUAAUUUCCUCCUUUUCCUUCACCUCCCCUCCUUUUUGUUAGCAUCAAAUAUAUGUAUGUAGCACCUCAGGAGUGUAAAACAUCCAUAUUUUUCUCUGUGUUCUCUUAAAGCCUCUCAUGUUAAUGGACCAUGCACUAAUAUGGUGAAAUUGAUUAAUGCCUCAUGUUGUCUCUUACAAAAUGAUGCAUGCUCUAAUGUUCCAGCGGGAAGAACGUUCAUUCUAAGUAUCUGAAAUGUUUUUAUAUUGUGGGUUAAACUUCUUCCCGUUGAAGACCAAUAAUGAAUGUAAUUUACCAUCUUCUGUAUCACUUAAGACUACAGUAUCCCUUUCUUGGAAAUUAUUUAAAAAUAGAUUACUAAUAAAUUUACUUUAAAAAGUCA